GAAACAAUGCCAGUGAGCGGAGGCUGAGGAGCGGAGAGAGCGCGGAGCCUGAGCCGAGAGAGAGCAGCUCCUCCCCGGCGAGCCGCUCACCGCACACCCGCAGCCAUGUGGCUCCCUACCGAGCAGGAUAAAUACGGCGUGGUGUUGGCCAAUUUUCGUGGGACGGUGCAGAAUGGCCUGCCUCUGGAGAUUGGAGACACGGUACAGAUCCUGGAGAAAUGUGAAGGCUGGUACCGGGGCUUUGUCCUUAAGAACCCAAACGCCAAGGGUAUUUUCCCGUGCAGCUACAUUCAUCUGAAAGCCGCUGAUAUAAAGAACAAAGGGCAGUUUGAGACGGUGGUACCUAAAGAAGACACUGUCAUCACAGAGAUGACCUCCACCUUGCGGGACUGGGGUACCAUGUGGAAGCAGCUCUAUGUGAAGAACGAGGGGGAUCUGUUCCACAGGCUGUGGCACGUCAUGAACGAGAUCCUGGAUCUGCGGCGGCAGGUUCUGCUGGGUCACCUGACCCACGACCGCAUGAAGGACGUCAAACAGCACAUCACUGCCCGCCUGGACUGGGGAAACGAGCAGCUUUGUCUGGACCUGGUCCCUCGGAAAGACUUCAGCAUGGUGGACCCUGAUGACAUCAGUGUGACUGAGCUCUACAGACUGAUGGAACACCGGCAUCGUAAAAAGGAGACGCCGGUUCCUGCCAGUACGCAUCACCUGUUCGUCCACAUGAAGAGCCUGAUGAGCUCCAACUUGGGCGAGGAGCUGGAGGUCUUCUUCUUCAUCUAUGACAGCAGAGAGAACAGGCCACUCAGUGAAAGGUUCUUUGUGAAGCUCAAUAAGAACGGAGUGCCCAAGUCUCCAGAGAAGACAGAGAGGCAGUGUACGCUUUUUGUGGACUUGGGGAGCGGUGACCUGAGGAAAGACGUCUAUAUUGUUGUGCACAUCAUUAGAAUAGGACGGAUGGGUGCUGGCGAGAAGAAGAACACGUGCAGUGUGCAGUACAGGCGUCCGUACGGAUGUGCUGUGGUCAGCAUCGCUGAUCUCCUCACUGCUGACUCAAAAGAUGACCACCUCCUCAAAGUCUACGCCUGCAACACAGAGAGCGACUGGAACCAAAUCCACGAGAACAUCAUUAAAAAAGUCAACUCCCGAUAUAACCUCUCAGGGUCCAACACAGGCCUUGCAGUGGCUCUCCAGUUACUCCAUGGAGACAUUGAGCAGUUGCGGAGGGAGUACAUGGCCAUUUUCACACGAGGAGUGUCCAUCACCAGGAAACUGGGCUUCUCUGAUGUCAUCAUGCCAGGCGAGAUGAGGAAUGACCUCUACAUCACCCUUGAGAAAGGAGAGUUUGAUAAAGGGGGGAAGACAGUAGCUAGAAACGUGGAGGUCACAGUUUACGCGUUGGAUAUGGACGGACAGAUUCUCAGGGGUCAUGUAACCGCGGGGUCAGGCGAGCCAGGUGCAGAUGAGUAUCACACGUUUGUGUUGUACCACAACAACAGCCCGCGCUGGGCCGAGCAGAUCAAGCUGCCCAUCCCGGUGGACAUGUUCCGCGGCUCACACGUCCGCUUUGAGUUCCGGCACUGCUCCACGAAAGACAAAGGAGAGAAGAAGCUGUUCGGCUUCUCCUUCGUUCCUCUGAUGCAGGAAGAUGGGCGAACCCUGCCUGAUGGCACCCAUGAGCUUAUUGUGCACAAGUGUGAGGAGAAUGCUAGUCUUCAGGACUGUGCUCGCUACCUCAAACUGCCCUUCUCCAAAGCCAACCUACCAGGCAACAAUCAAGCUGUGAAAGCCACCAAGGAAUCCUUCUGGAUCACCUCCUUCCUCUGCUCCACCAAACUCACUCAAAACGGUGAUAUGCUGGACCUGCUCAAGUGGAGAGCUCACCCAGAGAGGAUCAGCGACAGCUUGAGCAAGCUGAAGGAGAUCGAUGGCUCUGAGAUAGUCAAGUUCUUACAGGACACACUGGACACGCUGUUUGGUAUACUAGACGAGAGUGCUCAGAGACAUGGCCUCAAAGUGUUUGAUUGUCUUGUGCACAUCAUAAAUUUGCUUCAGGACAGCAAAUUCGAGCACUUUAAACCAGUCAUGGACACCUAUAUAGAGAGUCACUUUGCAGGAGCCUUGUCUUACAGGGAUCUGAUAAAAGUGCUGAAAUGGUAUGUGGACCGCAUCAUUGAAGCAGAACAUCAGGAACACAUCCAGCAGGUGCUCAAGGCAACAGAGUACAUCUUUAAGUACAUCGUCCAGUCGCGGAGGCUAUUUGCUCUGGCCACAGGCAACCAGAAUGAGGAGGAGUUCCGCUGCUGCAUGCAUGAGCUCUUCAUGUCUAUCCGCUUCUUCCUGUCCCGGAAGAGCCAGGGAACCAGCCCUGUCACACAUACACAGGCGGUGUUUCUGAGGACGUUUCCUGCGGUCUAUGGGGAGCUGCUGAAGCUGUUCACGGUGAGAGAGGUGGCCACGUUUGUGCGUGAGACCCUGGGAAGCCUGCCUGCCACCACUCAGGCUGACUGCCCCCUGGAGGCCGUGAAACUGCAGUGCAUUGCCAAGACUGUGGAGAGCCAACUGUACACAAACCCUGAGUCAAGGUGCAUCCUGCUACCCGUGGUUUUGCGCUUGUUACAAUCUCACAUGCAGGAGCAGAAGGACCUGGUCAUGUGUGGCCACAUCCUCACCAGCAUGCUCUCGCUCAUCAGGAGAGAAGACACGGAGGCUGCCGUGUCCGAGGAGGUGGACCUGAUAGUGGACAGCUUGCUGGGCGUGUUAUUGAGGACCAUAUUGGAAAUCUCCAACAGACCCCAGUCCACCGGAUCAGCCAUGCGUAUGCAGUUCCAAGACGUUACGGGGGAGUUUGUGGCGUGUCUGUUGGCUCUGCUGAAGCAGAUGAAGGACAAACACUAUCAGCAGCUCCUGCAGAGCUUCACCAGCAAAGAUGAACUGAGGGAUUUUCUGCUGCAGCUCUUCACCGUGUUCCGGAUCCUGAUCCGGCCGGAGAUGUUUCCUAAAGACUGGACGGUCAUGCGGCUCGUCACCAACAAUGUCAUCAUCACCACUGUGCUGUACCUGUCAGACGCUCUGAGGAAGAACUUUCUCAAUGACAAGUUUGAUUAUAAGGUGUGGGAUUCCUACUUCUAUCUCUCUGUCAUCUUCAUCAACCAGUCCUGCCUUCAGCUAGAGACUUUUUCCCCAUCCAAGCGAAAGAAGAUUCUAGAAAAGUAUGGAGACAUGAGGGUGAUGAUGGGCUGUGAAAUCUUCAGUAUGUGGCAGAAUUUAGGAGAGCACAAGCUGAACUUCAUCCCUGCGAUGAUCGGCCCGUUUCUGGAGGUGACGCUGGUCCCUCAGCCAGAUCUGAGGAAUGUGAUGAUUCCCAUCUUCCACGACAUGAUGGACUGGGAGCAGCGUCGGAGUGGCAACUUUAAACAGGUGGAGGCGAAACUCAUAGACAAGCUGGACAGUCUGAUGUCGGAGGGGAAAGGAGACGAGACGUACAGAGAGCUCUUUAACAGCAUAAUUCCUCUGUUUGGUCCAUAUCCUAGUCUUCUAAAGAAGAUUGAGAGAGAGACAUGGAGAGAAAGUGGAAUCUCACUGAUUGCCACAGUAACACGUCUGAUGGAGAGGCUGCUCGACUACAGGGACUGUAUGAAGCUUGGGGAGGUGGAUGGGAAGAAGAUCGGCUGCACUGUCAGUCUACUGAACUUCUACAAAACUGAGCUGAAUAAGGAGGAGAUGUACAUCCGCUACAUCCACAAGCUGUACGAUCUGCAUAUGAAGGCUCAGAACUUCACAGAGGCCUCCUACACCCUGCUGCUGUAUGAUGAGCUGUUGGAGUGGUCAGAAAGGCCUCUGAGAGAGUUCCUGAAUUACCCCAUGCAGAGCGAGUGGCAGAGGAAGGAAUACCUGCACCUGACCAUCAUCCAGAACUUCGACCGUGGAAAGUGCUGGGAGAACGGCAUCCUCCUGUGCAGAGAGCUGGCGGAUCAGUAUGAAUCAUAUUAUGAUUACAGGAACUUGAGCAAGAUGAGGAUGAUGGAGGCCUCCCUGUAUGAUAAAAUAAUGGACCAGCAGAGACUGGAGCCGGAGUUCUUCAGGGUGGGCUUCUAUGGGAAGAAGUUUCCUUUCUUUUUGAGGAAUAAGGAGUUUGUGUGUCGUGGUCAUGACUACGAGCGCUUGGAGGCCUUCCAGCAGCGCAUGCUCAGUGAAUUCCCUCAUGCCAUUGCCAUGCAACACGCCAACCAGCCAGACCAGACCAUCUACCAGGCAGAGGCCCAGUACUUGCAGAUUUACGCGGUGACUCCAAUCCCGGACAGCCAGGACGUCCUGCAGAGAGACGGCGUUCCCGACAACAUCAAGAGCUUCUAUAAAGUCAACAACAUCUGGAGGUUCAGAUAUGACCGACCUUUCCAUAAGGGCACCAAGGACAAGGAGAAUGAGUUUAAGAGUCUGUGGGUGGAGAGGACCACACUGACCCUGGUGCAGAGUCUUCCGGGCAUCUCCCGCUGGUUCGAGGUGGAGAAGCGUGAGCUGGUGGAGGUGAGUCCAUUGGAGAAUGCCAUUGAGGUGAUCGAGAACAAGAACCUGCAGCUGCGUACGCUGAUCACGCAGUGCCAGACGCGGCAGAUGCAGAACAUAAACCCACUCACUAUGUGCCUGAACGGUGUCAUCGAUGCUGCUGUGAACGGAGGCCUUGCUCGAUAUCAGGAGGCAUUCUUUGUGAAAGACUACAUAAUGAAUCACCCAGAGGACGGAGAUAAGAUCGGACGCCUGAGAGAGCUGAUGUUUGAACAGGCGCAAAUACUGGAGUUCGGUCUGGCCGUCCACGAGAAGUUCGUACCUCAGGACAUGCGGCCUCUGCACAAAAAACUGGUGGAUCAGUUCCAUCUGAUGAAGUCCAGCCUGGGCAUUCAGGAGUUCCCAGCCUAUGUGAGGGCCAGCCCCAUCCACUUCCCCAACGGAAGCCCACGCACCGGCCGCAACUCAAUGCCCAACAUCCUGAGCCCAGAGGGAGGUCGAGUGGUGCCCCGCCGCAGUCCACUCAGCUAUCCUGCGGUGAACCGCUACUCCUCCUCCUCGCUGUCAUCGCAGGCCUCCAAUGAAGUGAGCAACAUUACGGGCCAAUCAGAAAGCUCAGAUGAAGUCUUCAACAUGCAGCCUAGUCCAUCUACCUCGAGCCUCAGCUCCAAUCACUCAGCCUCGCCCAAUGUCACCAGCUCAGCUCCGUCCAGUGCCAGAGGUUCACCGCAGUUGUCCGAGAAACACAAACAUGGCAGAGAGAACUCCUGCCUCUCCCCCAGAGAGAGACCCUGCAGUGCGAUUUUUCCUAACCCGCUUGACCCCACACAGAGAACGAUUCCACAUCCUGCAGGAGACUCCUCUCUGCCUCGCAGUGACCCCAACAUCUCCAAUCCAGACAAAGUAGUCAGGCUUGCCCCGAGCAGCUGGAGUCUUGACAUCCCGCUCUCUGACUCUGUCGGAAAGCAGGUGUGCCCCCCUGUCCCUCCUAGGCCACCGUACUCAGGCUCUCCCGCUAAGAACAUAAGAUCACAGUCUCCGGGGCCGGCGUCACGCUCUCCACAAAAGACGUGUGCCCCUCCAUUCACCCCCUCACCCACGGAGUGCCAGUCUGCGGGGCUCGUUGCCAACUCCCCGGUCCUGUCGGGCAGCUACAGCAGCGGCAUCUCCUCCCUCAGCCGCUGCAGUGUCUCCGAGGCAUCCGGCACUGAGGCCCCGGCCUCCGACCACGCCCUCCCCACCUCGGCCUCCAGCGGCUCGGACGAGCUCUUCCGCAGAGAGAACAAAACCCCGCCCCCUUACAGCGUAUACGAGCGCAACAACCCUCGACGGCCCGUCCCCCUCCCCCACAGCCUGUCCAUCCCUCCUCCCAGCACCGAUGCCCCGCCCAUACCUCCAAAACCGCACCAGCUCCGCAGCGGCAAGCCGGACGUGGACCCGCGGCGCCUUGAACAGGUGCCGAGACCAAGGCCACUUCCCAGAAAAGUCUCUCAGCUCUAGCCGGACUGCUGGGAUCGAAACCGCACCCCUAUACCACUUGCACUUUCGCUCCCUCUCUCGCCGGGUCACUAGCCCAACCGUCAGCCAAACGUCAGACUGUGGGGUAGUAGAGGAGGGUCUUGCAGGGGCACGACUGACGUCCUGCAACGUCCUGCACUUUUUUUUUUCUUUCUUUUUUUUUAUUUUUAAGGUCUUAGGACAUAAGAACACAAGCUUCACACGUCAGAAAAAACAACCACCGGGGCAUUGUCUUAGUAUUUGGUAGACGUAUUAUUUCCAUGAAGUGUAAAUAUUAAUAUGACAAUUGAAGUUUUAUGCCUUACGUAUUGAAAACAGAGUCUUUUAUUGAUGGGUAAUGCACGUUUUUAAGUACGCUGUACUUUUUUCUAAAAUGCCGCAAAAGGUGCUAGCAGCCUGCAUUCUAUGGCUGCUUGGUUCUUUGCUCACAUCCUGUACACACCUGGAUGUUAUACAACACGCUAUUUCACAGACACAAUCAUGAAGGUGCUGCUCUGAGGUGGCCAGUUUACCACAUUUCAAUUUUUAUCCAGUUUUAUUCAUCUUGCAUCAGUCCAUCACAAAACCAGAUGCCAUCAUGCUCCUCUAGGCUUCCUUCUGAAGUUCAUCUGAAGAUACUAAAGAGGCAAUUUGAGAGAAAAAUGAUUCCCAACUGACAUUCGUCUUUUGAAUCUACUACCACCCAGCAGUAAUGGUCAUGCUCAUGGUCCCACCCACAGGGAAAAGCUGGUAAAGCUGGAUGCUGGCUUGUUCUGUACGGACGUACUUGGAGCUGUUUGUAGUUUACAUGCUUUUGGCAGAAAAUGCUGAUUAUGAAAGUGGCCUGGAAAACCUUUCAGAACUGAAUCUGUUGGUUCUUCUGCCAAGUUUUGUGCAAAGGUGACGUACAGACUCGAGCCAGGAGAACAUGACGGCAGUCACACUGUUUCCCAGAUGCUGUUUGUACCCUGCCUUUUGGGGAUGGCUUUCCGAAAGGCAAUGGAGAUGAAGCACAAAUGAAGAUGUUAGUAGCAUCACUGCCUUUGACAAGUAUAGUACCCAGGAGUUACACCACAUGAUGGACACACCACAUUAUAUAAUAUAUACUAGAAGGAAGCUGCAGAAGGUUCAGCCUACAGUCUCUAUGAUAACUAUGUGUUAACCAUUCUGAGACUGCUGGAGCUGUUACAGGCAUACAGCCUGCCAUUCCCAUCCAGAAUCUUUGUUCUUUCGUUGACCAAUCACAUCUGCCACAAUGUGUGUUGCCAUGUGUUACCACAUCCCAUUCUCAUUUUCUAUUGUCAGUAACAAUGUAGGUAACGGUUCAUAUGUUGAUUUGAAGGGCUCUAAAACAAUUUACAGCAUACAGUACAGCGUGCUCCAAAGCCUGGACAGCAGUCGAGGUAGCGCAGGUUCUCUGUAGGACUGUCCUAUGAAAACUUCAUUAUAAGAAGCCUAGUUGUUUUAUACAGCUCUGAAAAAAAAAAUUAAGAGACCACUUCAGUUUCUGAAUCAGGUCUGAUUUUGCUAUUUAUAGGUUUAUAUUUGAAAAAAAUGUUUUAUUCUGUAAACUACAGACAACAUUUCUUCCAAAUUAUAAAAAUAAAUAUUAGAGCAUUUAUUUGCAGAAAAUGAGAAAUGGCUGAAAUUAAAAAACACGUUAACAUUCAUAAAGUUUUAAGAGUUCAGAACUAUGAAUAUUUGGUGGAAAAACCCUGGUUUUUAAUCACAGUUGUCAUGCAUCUUUGCAUGUUCUCCUCCACCAGUCUUACACACUGCUUUUGGAUAACUUUGUCACUCCUGGUGCCAAAAUUUAAGCUGUUUAAUUUGGCUUGAUGGAUUGUGAUCAUCCAUCUUCCUCUUAAUUAUAUUCCAGAGGUUUUUAAUUAGGUAAAAACAAAGAAACUCAUCAUUUUAGGUGGUUUCUUUCUUUCUUCUUUUUUUCCAGAGCUAUAUAUGUUUUUUUUAACAGAAAUGGAUUAAGACAAUGAAACCAUAGCCCAUGACUAUAGAUGCCCACAUUAUGCUGCUUGCCAUCAGCAGCCAAAGCCAAUGAGAGCUUAAAAAGUACAAUUUAGUAGAGAUCAUGCUCUUUCUUAGUGGGUAGAUGGCACUCUCUCUUCACAUCCCUCCUAGUGUGAUGUUGGUAAAUUGUGGAGAAAAAUUGGAAAACAUUAGAAAAACUAUAAUUAUUAAAACUUGAGAUUGCUCUUAAAAAAAAAAAAUAGGCUGCAUUUCUCAGCUGUGAGAACAGCCUUCCAUGACAUCAUAGUAGUCAAACAACCUCAGCUGCAGCCUAGGCUUUGGGACACAGUUAUAGCAUAGUCAUGACAAUAUGCCGAUGUACUGAUCUGUCACGAUGUACAACACACUGAAUUAUACAGCAUGCUGACAUUGUACAGUUACGUUUGAUAUAGAAACAAAUGCACAGCUAAUAUUCUGUUCAUUUACUGCCUUUAUCUCUUUUUUUACUGCCUUCAUACAUUCGCAGAUAUAGUUACGCAUCAGAAAGUAUAUUAGCUGGCACAAUUCAAGUAUAAUACAGUCUGUACAUUCUCUAGUCUCACAGCCCAACUCUCACAAUUAAUAACACUGCAUGCUCGUUACACACAUACAUACUCGCUUCACACUGUAUUACAGCAGUAUAUCAGCCAUAUACUGUGUGUAAAUGUUUGUAUUAUUGAUGAAAUGAGUGAUCAGAGCCUCUAAUACCUUCAAAUUACACGUUAAAUAAAUCAAAAUCAGAAUCAUUCUAAUAAUAACAGAUCAUCAGGUAUUAUUGUGUUUUAAACAUUAAAAGAGAACAAUAUUGAUCACAUCAAUCUACAUUCUGCAUUCUACAUUUUUGUUGCAUUUCAUUUCUGAUCACAUUAUCUUGAGUCAUUGUAUCUAUGGUCAUCUUUUGUAAGUUACUUUUUUUUCUCCCCCCAACUAGGACCAGUUGUGAAUUUUGGACAGACGUUCACAAGAAUCAGUACUUGAGAAUAUUGUAAAUGAUAUAAUAAGGACAUUGUUGUAAGUAUGCCAAAUACGAUACCUUGUCUAUUGUACAUACUGUGUUUUUAACAGAAAGUGUAGCUAUAACAAAUUUACAGCUUUGAAUGUUGGAACAACAAAUUAUAAUUAUAAAUGUUAAAUAUUUAUGUUUUUUGGGGGGAUUUUAGAAAGAAUAAGGUCCAGCUGAAAUGCAUCUAACACAUUUACAUUCUAAUGAUUUCCUGUGUAAUAAAAUUAAAAAUGAAUUCAGCCAACUUUA